CAUGAGACAAGGUCUGAAUGUAGUCUCGAGUCCUAAACGGUAAACAAGGACACUCAUGACGUUAAUCAUGUGCUCAUCAUUGGUGUUCAAUACAAGUCGCAAGUGGACUCCCUGACUCUGAGUCCCCAAAAUGCUCACGUGUGGAACAUCUCCAGAACUACAAACAAUCAAGCUAGAACUCUGAAUUUGAAGCAGCCAGCCACCAUCGUAGGUGUUUCCAGUUCCUUCAAAGUCAGCAAAGCUGGCGCAAACUCCCACAGAUCUCACUAAUCGCGCAUCGCAAACAGGCUACUCAAAGCCAUGGCCGCUUUUCAGCUCCCCUAUCCAGCUCUGCUCAUCGGUGCCUUGCUCCUCUGUUUGGCGGUCCCGCGGGUGGAGGGUGCCUAUUAUGAGCUCAGCCAGUUUGCUGAGGUGUUCUCUCCUAAGGGCCCGAGGCAAAGCGAGUUCCCCUCCAAGUUGGGAGAACCGUUCUCGUUCAAUAACGACAUGAGGUUGGGAGAUAAGAGCGGCGCCACCGUCGGGUUCACAAACGGAAACUGCCUGGUUUCCGCCGAGGUGUCCCCCGGAAUCGAGAACACUUUGUACACGUGUUACGAGACGGUGGUCUUCACAGGCGGCCCAUACCAGGGCAGCAGUCUGACGAUCGUCGGUUUCUACGAUUUCUUCGCCAACGGCCCCCUUGCCAUUGUGGGCGGAACCGGAAUCUUCCGUGGAGCGACUGGCGAGCUCAACUACGUGUAUCCCUCGGCCGAGGACUUUUCCUACUCGAUCCCUAACAUGGUUUUCGUCACCGCCGAUUUCCCAACCCCCACGCCCCCAACUCAAGCCCCGAGCGUCACUCCCUCUCCCACCUCUAAUUCGACUCUGGCCCCGAGUGCCACCCCCGCCCCCACGCCGAGCUGGCCCCCCCCACGACGUGCAACCCGGGGAGCGACAAGCCUAACCAGUGCUUCAGUGCGGACGGGUCCUCCUUCGUCUGCUGCGCCGGCGCUUGCGGACCGUCCGGCGCCACCGCGACGUGCACCUGACACGUGUCAGUCUCUCCCCUGUCCAACCGGGACUUCACAUACUAUUGUCGGGGUUUCGACGGCAAUCCGAUUUGCCAGUAUAAGCUCCAAGUGGGGCGAACCGGUUGUAGAUCAUGUCGGCAAUGGCGUUCAUCUCCUCGCUGCUGAGGCCGACCUCGGUGGCCGCCGCCAACUCCUACGCCGCGGCUUCCGCUAG